UUAAAUGUCAAAACUGUCUUGUCAACGUGUCCCGAAGUCUGAGUUUUUAGUGAUAGUGGAAUGGUUCAAUUAAUUUAUUCGUAAAAUGUGCAACUUAUUUCGUAGAUAAAAGGUUGGAAAUACUCUUAAAAUAAUUACUACGUCUACGUAAUAUCAACUACAAACAUGGUUUUAUUGGGAAAUGAUGAGUUUCUUGCUGAGCUUACAAAAUUAUUUCAAAAAGCGCGUACUGCAGGAUCAGUGACUAUGACAAUGAAACGAUAUGACGGUCGUACUAAACCAGAACCUCGUGAUGGUAAGCCAGUAGUGAUAAACCCAGAAUACAAAUGUUUGGUACGAGCACAGUCUAAAAGUAAAAAAAUCUCAACGGUUGUAGAGCAGCGCGAUGUGGAGACAUUCAGUACUGCGUAUUCCAAUUUACUGAAAACUAGCGUGAAUGGGUUAAAACGUUUGAAAAAGCCGAAGAAAAAAGCGAUGGCUACACAGUAACCAUGCUAUGUGAAGACAAUGUGUCAAGACUGAUAAUGAAGUGCGCAAUAUAGUGUUAUGAACAAAAUGUGAACUUUGCUAUAUACCACCGUGAUGUCCUAGCUCGUAGGAUGAGGUCCAUUGAAGUGUGCUCUUCUCUCUGUGAGAUCCGAAGAGUUGGAGUCUUACCUGCUGUUGCUAGAGAUGCUGACGCAGUUAAGUCGUUGACCAUCGUCCAAUGCACCUGAUUUUUAUAACAAUAUUUUUUGUUACAUUCUCCCAAUAAAGUUUUAUCAGAUGUG